AUGCUCGUCUGGACGGCGCUCGGUCUGACCCUGAGUUUGCGGCUGGCGUUGGCGCUGACGCGGAAUGGCGCAGAGCGUGGCCCCUCAGCAUCGGCCCCCCAGGGGGACCUGCUAUUCCUGCUGGACAGUUCAGCCAGUGUGUCUCACUACGAGUUCUCCAGGGUUCGGGAGUUCCUAGGGCAGCUGGCAGCUCCUCUGCCCCUGGGCCCUGGAGCCCUGCAUGCCAGUCUGGUGCACGUGGGCAGCCGGCCGUACACUGAGUUCCCCUUUGGCCAGCACGGCUCGGGUGCGGUAGUCCAGGAUGCCAUCCGGGCUGCAGCCCAGCGCAUGGGCGACACUAACACUGGUUUGGCACUGGCCUACGUCAAGGAGCAACUGUUUGAUACAGCAGCUGGUGCCCGGUCGGGGGUGCCCAAAGUGCUGGUGUGGGUGACAGAUGGUGGUUCCAGCGACCCCGUGGGGCCUCCCAUGCAAGAGCUCAAGGACUUGGGUGUCACCAUCUUCAUCAUCAGCACUGGCCGAGGAAACCGUCUGGAGCUGUCGGCAGCUGCCUCGGCUCCUCCUGAGAAGCACCUGCAUUUUGUGGACGUGGAUGACUUACACAUCAUUGCCCAGGAGUUGCGGGGCUCCAUUCUUGAGGCAAUGCAACCACAGCAGCAGCUUCGCGCCUCUGAGGUCACGUCCAGCGGCUUCCGCCUGGCCUGGCCUCCCCUGCUGACCGCCAGCUCUGGCUACUAUGUGCUGGAACUGGUGACUCGUGCCCAGCCAGGAGUGGUGCGUCGUCAGCAGCUGCCAGGGAACACCACGGAGUGGGUCUGGGCCGGCCUCGAGCCCGACACGGACUAUGAUGUGGCGCUGGUGCCUGAGUCCAAUGAACGCCUUGUGGGGCCUCAGCACCUGCGGGUGCGCACGCUGCCGGAGGAGGCCGGGCCGGAGCGGAUCGUCAUCUCUCACGCCAGGCCACGCAGCGUGCGCGUGACCUGGGCCCCAGCGCUGGGUCCAGCUGCUGCACUGGGCUAUCACGUGCUUUAUGGGCCCCUGCAGGGUGGCGUAGCGCAGCGUGUGGAGGUACCCGCGGGCCACAACAGCACCACACUUCAGGGCCUGUCACCUGGUACCCUCUACCUGGUGACCGUGACUGCGGCCUUCCGCUCUGGCCGCGAGCGAGCGCUGUCCGCUAAAGCCUGCACGCCCCCCGGGGAGCGCAGCCGUGUCCCGACCCUCCCCGACGCUGGGGCUCGGGGCCCUUGA